GGGAAAUCGUUGAUCUACCAGAUUCCCGUACUCCAUGAACUCGAAAGAGACCCGGACAGCAGAGGAAUGUAUAUCUUCCCAACGAAGGCGUUGGCACAAGAUCAACGACGCAGUAUGAAAGAUCUUCUACGGUACAUGGAUGACAGACUUCAGAACAUCAUUGUCGAGACUUUUGACGGCGACACACCAAUGGCAGAUCGAAAUGUCAUUCGCGACGAGGCUAGGAUCAUAUUCACUAACCCCGACAUGCUACAUAUCAGCAUCCUGCCAAAUGAAAACUCCUGGCAUACUUUUCUGAAGAACCUAAAAUUCGUUGUUGUCGAUGAAUUACACGUUUAUAACGGCCUAUUUGGAUCGCAUGUCGCUCUUAUAAUGCGGCGACUUCGCCGAAUAUGUGCCGCCGUCGGGAACAGACACGUUAAGUUCAUCUCUUGUUCUGCUACUAUUGCCAAUCCGGAGGAACACAUGAAAACCAUUUUCGGUGUUGAUGAUGUUAAACUGGUGGAUUUUGACGGAUCGCCCUCUGGUCACAAGGAGUUCAUCUGUUGGAAUACUCCGUUCAAGGACCCUAACGACCCGUCCUCAGGCCGGGGAGACACCGUCGCGGAGACGGCGCGGAUAUUCUGUCAGUUGGUUCUACGAGGUGCCAGAGUCAUUGCAUUUGCCAGGAUCCGGAAACUAUGCGAGGCUCUUCUGCAAGCUGUGCGCAACGAGUUCCAAGUCCUGGAAAGACCGGGAACUGCCAAGCUGGUCAUGGGGUACCGUGGGGGGUAUAGUCCCCAGGACCGACGAAAGAUCGAGAAGGAGAUGUUCGAAGGGAAACUGUUGGGGAUCGUCGCAACUAAUGCCCUGGAGCUGGGUGUCGAUAUUGGCUCCCUUGAUGCUGUCGUCACGAUGGGCUUCCCGUAUUCCAUUUCUAAUCUGCGUCAACAGAGCGGUCGAGCCGGACGCAGAAACAAGGAUUCCCUCUCCGUCCUUGUCGGGAGUGGAUUUCCCACGGACCAAUAUUACAUGAAGAAUCCAGAUGAACUCUUUACUAGACCGAAUUGCGGGGUGCAGGUGGAUCUGUCGAACGAGCUUAUCCUCGAGGGCCAUAUACAAUGCGCUGCCUUUGAAAUGCCUAUCCGUCCAGAAGAAGACACUGUCUACUUUGGAGAGAAACUCUCCGAGAUCGCACCAAUGAGGCUUUUCAAAGAUGACCUUGGCUUUUACCACUGCCAUGAAAGAUUCCGACCGCAUCCCUCCCGCUGCGUUACCAUCCGAGACACGGAGGACCAACAUUUCGCUAUCAUCGACACUACGAACGACCGCAACCUGGUCCUGGAGGAAAUCGAGGCCUCGCGGGCUCUAUUCAGCGUCUACGAAGGCGGGAUCUACAUGCACCAAGGCCAACCGUAUCUGGUCACUGAAUUGAACCCAGACCGACGUCUCGCCCACAUUGUCCGAGUCAACGUCGACUGGAGUACAAUGCAGCGCGACUUCACGGACAUCGACCCAAUCGAAACAGAAUCCCAGCGCCUGAUCAACUCCACUUCUCUCUGCCGAGCCUUCUACGGCUCUAUCCAGAUCCACUCCGCCGUCUAUGGCUUCUUCAAAGUCGACAAACGCGGCCGCAUCCUCGACGCAGUCGCAGUCGAUAACCCACCAAUCGACAUCCUAACUAAGGGCAUGUGGCUGGACGUCCCUUCCAAGGCUCUAGAGAUUCUACGGUCCAGACACCUCAAUAUUGCCGCCGCCAUCCACGCCGCCGAACAUGCUGUUCUCUCACUACUCCCUUCUUUCGUCAUUUCCACGCCGGGGGACGUGCGAACAGAAUGCAAAGUGGCCAAAAAGGAACUAGGUCGCGAACUUAGACUUGCAAAUAGUCAUAACAAUAAUAAUGUCUACAUGCGUGGUCCCGAAAUUGACAAUAACUCUCUAAAGAAGAUACUCCAACCGCCCCAUCGGCGACGUCCGGCACGUUUGACUUUCUACGAUGCUAAGGGCGGUUCCUGCGGUUCUGGGAUAGCGGCGAAGGCGUUUGAAUUUGUCGAUAUGCUUCUCUGCCGUGCUGUCUCGAGAAUUGAAGGAUGCGAGUGUGUUGUCCCGCAGGGAUGCGUGGAGUGUGUCUGCGACGAGAGAUGCAAGGAGAUGAACAUCGUUAUGAGUAAAGCUGGAGCCGGAGUGGUGCUGAGAUGCCUACUUGGCUGGGAAGUGGAUGUGGAUUCUUUACCUUGGGGGCAGGAUUGUGAAGGCAAUGAGGGAGGAGGUGAGUUAGCUGGGGGUUUGGAGACUAUUGUUCCUGCUAGCGAGAUUCCAUCCAAGAAAGGCCGAGCAGCCCUCUUGUCAGCCCACUGUGAUUGACUCCCGGUUGCUUGGUAAUACAUUGGCCCUUUUGUGGAGUAUGAUAUUUGAAGGAUCUCACGAAAGGGAGGGGAAGAGUCGGAUCAUCCAUACACGACUGUAUUGAAUGCAUAGCUGGAUUCCUUGAAGCUCGAACACUUGCUUUAGAUGAUGUCCUACAGAACUCGGGUGUUUUUGAAAUAAUUACAAAAGUAGUUUAGCGUCUUGGCAUUUAGGGUUUGGAAGACAAUCAAAGACUGUCAAAGGGUG